CCUCUCUCUUUUAUCGCUUCUCCACACUUUCUUCUUUUUUUUUCGCAUAUAAUCUCUCUAUACCUUUUCAGACUUAUACAUACAUAAAUAACUGUAAAUUAUGCAAAUUACAAAAAGGACCUCACCAUCAAAGCAACAGCCACAAAGUGCCAUCUCCAGUCUUGUUAAAAAGGAAGAUCUGGUACGCUUAAUGUUACAGUCGCUCAUAGAUCUUGGAUACAAUGAAGCAGCAGAGUGCUUACAAAGGGAGUCGGGCUUUACACUGGAAUCAGACCUUAUCGUCCGUCUACGGACGUACAUACUCGGAGGACAAUGGCAAUUAGCAGAAGACCUUCUACCCAAUAUACCCUUCACCAACGUCGAAAAUCUAUCUACAGUUCAAUUCUUGAUUCGACAACAAAAAUUUUUGGAGCUCUUAGAGGAAGGAGAAGCAAUGCAAGCACUUCAUGUAUUAAGGACAGAAAUAACGCCUUUAGGUGAAAACACACAAAGGCUACAUUUAUUGACAAGUUUGGUCUUAUGCUCUUCAAUUGAAGACGUCAUGGAACAAGCAUCAUGGGACGGAACCAAAAGGCCCAAUAGUACUUCAAGACAACAACUGUUGAAUGAUAUCCAGCAUUAUGUUGAUCCUACUGCAAUGAUACCAAAACAAAGAUUGUUCCAAUUGAUCCAUCAAGCUGUGGAAUAUCAAAAAAGAUCUUGUUUAUAUCACAACCCUACAGAUGAUUGUGAUAUUUCGCUAUUUUCAGACCAUUUGUGUGACAAAGCUCUAUUUCCUACGAAAACCAUCAAAAUACUCACCGGUCACACCGACGAAAUAUGGCAUGUUGCUUACUCACAUGAUGGGAAGCACCUCGCUUCAGUUUCGAAAGAUAAAACAUGUAUCAUCUGGGAUAUGGACACCUUUGAGAAAGUACAAUCCUUUGUAAAUGAAGAGAGUGGAUCGUAUUGCAGUUGGUCGCCAGAUGACACGAAACUUCUGAUAUGCGGCAUCGAUUUUGCCAUACGUCUGUGGGAUCCUUUCCUUGGGAUUUUAUUGCAGACAUUCGCCUUCCACAAAGACCAAGUAACCAGCUGCGCAUGGCUGCCCGAUAGCGAACAUUUUAUUUCUGGCGCCUGUGAAAAAAUAUUAUGCUUAUGGCAUUGUCAACAAUCUCAUGUACAGCCCGUCACGCAAUGGCCUGUACAACGUACAACCGAUAUGAAAAUAACAGCAGAUGGGUCCCGUCUUGUCACGAUUGGCAUGGAUAAAUGUAUUAAUGUCUAUGAUCUGGAGGAUUUACAGCUCACUGAAAUAGCAAGAUUAGAAGAGGAAGGUACUAUCACCUCUUUAACAUUAACAAAGAACGGUCGAUAUGCCCUCGUCAACGUACAGGAAUUACAAGAGCUGCAUUUAUGGGAUUUGGAAACAAGACAAAUUGUACAUAAAUAUGCGGGACAAAAGCAGUUGACCUUUAUCAUUCGAUCUACUUUGGGCGGACGAAACGAUUCGUUUGUUAUCAGUGGAAGUGAAGAUAAUCGCGUCUACAUUUGGAGCCGUGAACAUGAAACGCUUUUAGAGGAACUAGAGGGACAUGAAAAUACAGUAAAUUGCAUUAGUUGGCGUCCUAUUGAACCCAUACAAUUUGUUUCUGCUAGUGACGAUCAAACAAUCAGAGUAUGGGGUUCUCCGCAGCACACAAUAGCGUCUUCUCAAUAAAGAAAGAACCAUCCAUACAGAUAACACGAUGAUAACUUGAACUAUGCGAUAUGCAUCCAUGUAAUGAAUGGAGUAUCAAAAACAUAGAAAAAUGUGUUCCCGCUAAAGCUAAACUUCUUUCUGGGUUAAGAAAUAUGCUGGGUUGACUUGCU